AUGCCACCUGAAAUAGGAGAACCCAUCACAUCUAUAUCUGUUAGUACUACUGUUGUGCCAUCUGAAAUAGGAGAACCCAUCACAUCUAUAUCUGUUAGUAUAACUGUUGUAACAUGUGAAAUAGGAGAACCCAUCACAUCUAUAUCUGUUAGUACUACUGUUGUGCCAUCUGAAAUAGGAGAACCCAUCACAUCUAUAUCUGUUAGUACUACUGUUAUGCCAUCUGAAAUUGCAGAACCCAUCACAUCUAUAUCUGUUAGUACUACUGUUGUGCCAUAUGAAAUAGGAGAACCCAUCACAUCUAUAUCUGUUUGUACUACUGUUGUGACAUGUGAAAUAGGAGAACCCAUCACAUCUAUAUCUGUUAGUACUACUGUUAUGCCAUCUGAAAUUGCAGAACCCAUCACAUCUAUAUCUGUUAGUACUACUGUUGUGCCAUCUGAAAUAGAACCCAUCACAUCUAUAUCU